AUGGGGUCCAGCUCCUCUUCCUAUGCCCCAAAAACCAUAUAUCUGGACGUGGAUGGAAAGGUUCAGAAGGUGGUUUUCAGUCGGCAUUGUAGCCCAUGUGACAUCAAGGAGCUUCUUUGUUCCUCGUCCAACAUCCCCAGGAAUACUGCUAUCAUGAUGGUGGAUCUUGAAGGGGCUCUGGUGUCCAUAGACCCGACCAUGCCUACCAACUCUCCCAACUCCUUGUACAAAGUCAUUUCUUUGUCCACCGGUCAGCUAGGAGAGAAAGAAGACAUGUUUCAGAAUGUGUUAUCUCAGGUGGCAGAGCAGUUCAGUAGGGCUUUCCGGAUCAACGAGCUGAAAACUGAGGUGACCAACAGACUGGCCAUGUUGGAGAAAAGAGUUGAGUUGGAGGGACUGAAAGUUGUGGAGAUUGAGAAGUGCAAAAAUGACCUAAAGAAACUACGAGAUGAGAUGACAUCCAGAGGAGGAGGGAGAGUUGGGAACUGUCCCUGCAAAUACAACUUCUCAGACGACGGGAAGAAACUUAAUCCCAGACGUGACGUCCCAAGUUAUCCAAAGUACACCUUAUCCCAGGAGACUAUUGAAGCACUGAAGAAGCCAACAUUUGAUGUCUGGCAUUGGGAACACAAUGAGAUGCUGAGCUGCUUGGAGUACAUGUACCAUGACUUGGGACUGGUGAAGGAAUUCAACAUGAACCCCAUCACUCUCAAACGUUGGCUGCUGGGCAUUCAGGAGAACUAUCGCAGCAACCCGUUCCACAACUUCCGCCACUGCUUCUGUGUCAGUCAGAUGAUGUAUGGGAUGAUUAACCUGUGUAACCUGCCGGAGAAGAUGACUCUGACGGACAUGGGCAUUCUCAUGACAGCUGCAGUGUGCCACGACCUGGACCACCCCGGCUACAACAACACGUAUCAGAUCAAUGCUCGCACAGAGCUGGCCGUGCGUUACAACGAUAUAUCUCCCCUGGAGAACCAUCACUGCGCCGUGGCCUUCCAGAUCCUCUCGCUGCCCGAGUGCAACAUAUUCGCCAACGUCGAGUUGGAGGCCUACAAGCAGAUCAGACAGGCCAUCAUUACCCUGAUCUUGGCCACAGACAUGGCCCGGCAUGGAGAAAUCUUAGACUCCUUCAAACAUAAAGUGGACAGCUUUGACUUCACCAACGAGGAGCAUGUCACAUGCCUGAAGAUGGUUCUGAUCAAAUGCUGUGACAUCUCCAACGAGGUCCGGCCAACCGAGGUGGCCGAACCCUGGGUGGACUGUCUGUUGGAGGAGUACUUCAUGCAGAGUGACAGGGAGAAGACUGAAGGGCUGCCUGUGGCUCCGUUUAUGGACAGAGACAAGGUGACCAAGCCCACUGCCCAGAUCGGAUUCAUCAAGUUUGUCCUCAUCCCGAUGUUUGAGACAGUCCUGAAGCUCUUCCCCCAGAUUGAGGAGAUCAUGGUGCAGCCUCUGAGAGACUCUAGAGACCACUACGAGGAGCUGAAGCAGAUCGAUGACGCCAUGACAGAGGUAUGA